CUGCAGUCACUUUCCGAUCCUCGGUGUCCCGGAGACAGUUUCGCUUUGCGGGUACGAUUACCGGAGCAUCUACGUGUCCGGUUGCGCAGUACAGGUACUAGUGCAUCGGCGAAUGCAGAAGAUCAGUAUAAUGCCGACAAGAAAAGAGUACAUGGAGACGAUCAGAGCGAUCAAGAUUCUUUUGUAUGAUGCCACUCAUUGAGCACGAAGAUACGGGAGUCUCGUUGCACCUAAAUAUGAAGGGCCCAAAGAUGAAGGGGAACGACAUUCCCCUAUCGGCAUUCUGAAUGAGUGGACGCAUUCAUCUUUCUGGAUAUGCCUCCACAAACGGCACGAGGUUCCCGAGCAGCAGCU